AUGGCCAAGGAUUCGGGUAGGCGCCUCCUCAUCGCCAACCGCGGCGAGAUAGCAAAUCGCAUCCUCAAAACCUCCAAGCGGCUGGGCUACUACUCCAUCUCGAUAUACACGCCUCACGAUGUAUCCAGCCCGCACGUCACUGACGCGGACCUGGCGCUGCCGGUCUCAUCCUACACCAACAUCGAUGAGAUCAUCGCCCUGGUCCAGAAGCACCGCGUUCAGUUUGUGAUUCCUGGCUACGGCUUUCUCUCCGAGAAUGAGCAGUUUGCAGCUUCUGUCGAGAAUGCCGGGGCCGUGUUUGUGGGACCGGAGCCGCGGCACAUUGCGACGUUUGGGAUCAAGGACCGGGCGAGGGACCUGGCCGCGAGCGUCGGGGUCCCGACAUGCCCUGGGUCAGGGAUAUUGGCGUCGGAGGAGGAGGCUGUGGUGGCCGCCGCACGCAUCGGCUAUCCAGUCAUGCUCAAGGCAACAGCUGGAGGAGGCGGCAUGGGCCUUCAAAUCUGCCACGACGAGCUGCAAGUCCGCUCCUCCUUCACCAGCGUCGUCAGCCGCGGAACAGCGCUCUUCUCCAACCCCGGCGUCUUCCUGGAGCGCUACUACCCCGUGUCGCGGCACAUCGAGGUCCAAGUCUUUGGCGACGGGCGCGGCGACUGCGUCGUGUUUGGCGAGCGCGAGUGCUCCAUCCAGCGGCGGCACCAAAAGGUCAUUGAGGAGUCUCCAAGCCCCUUUGUCGAGGCGCGGCCGCAGCUGCGCAAGCGCCUGCUCGAGGUCUCGGAGCUGCUGGGCCGCACCAUCAGCUACCGCUCUGCGGGCACCAUCGAGUACCUCGUCGACGACGAGACGGCAGAGUUCUUCUUCCUGGAGAUGAACACGCGCUUGCAGGUCGAGCAUGGCAUUACCGAGCUGCGGUUCGGGAUAGACCUCGUCGAGCUGAUGCUCAGGCAGGCCGAGGCGCCGCUGGAGCUCGGCGACUUUCGGUGCAUGGUUCCAUCUGGGCAUGCCAUCGAGGCGCGCGUGUAUGCAGAGAACCCUACCCGGAACUACAUGCCCAGCCCUGGACAGCUGCAGCACGUCAAGUUUGUGAGCGCACCAUCCGUCCGGAUCGACAGCUGGGUGCGCACAGGGACAAACGUCUCGCUCGCCUACGACCCCUUGAUCGCGAAGAUGAUGGGCCACGGCAAGAGUCGAGCGGCGGCGACGGCGGCGCUGCUGCAUGCACUCCAGGAUAGCGAGAUUCAAGGCAUCGUGACCAACGCAGACUUUCUAGUCAAGAUUCUCAGCUCAAGGCCGUUUGAGCAGGGGCAGACUACGACCAACUUCCUCACCACUUUCCAGUACACCCCGCAGGUGAUGGAGUUUAUCUCUCCGGGCAGCUACACCACCAUUCAGGACAUCCCUGGCCGAGUUGGCGUUGGGUUUGGUAUCCCAGAGGCAGGCCCCAUGGAUCCUUUGCAUGCCCAACUCGCCAACUGCAUCGUCGGAAAUGACAGUGGAUGUGAGCUGCUCGAGGCCACCUUUACCGGCCCAAAGAUCAAGUUUCAUCAAAGAACCAUCUUCGCACUGGCCGGAGCGGCGGUGGACGUCCGGCUGGACGGCGAACCAGUGCCCAUGUACUCGCGUGUCGAAGCCCCAGCGGGCUCGGUCUUGGAGAUGGGCGCCAUCACAGGUGGGUGCCGCACAUAUAUCGCGGUAAAAGGGGGUUUCCCUGAGGUUCCCGAGUAUCUUGGAUCAAAGGCGACAAGCCCCGUCGUCGAGAUUGGUGGACUCCAAGGCCGUCAGCUCGUCGCGGGCGACAUGCUCGGCAUUGCCGACCCAGGCGUCUUUGAGCCCUUUCAGCUUCCCGAGUCCCUGAUCCCGGCCUGGGACCCGUCCGUGGUGUACUGCCUCUCCGGCCCUCACGACUCGCCAGACAUCAUGACCCCGGAAGACGUCGAGGCCAUUUACACGAGCGAAUGGACCGUCUCGCACCAAGCCUCGCGCAUCGGCGUGCGUCUCCACGGUCCGCAACCCCAAUGGGCGCGUAAGACAGGAGGCGAGGGCGGCUCCCAUCCCAGCAACUACCUCGACUACCCGUACUCGAUGGGCGCGCUGAACUGGACCGGCGACUCGGCCGUCAUCUUCCCCGCCGACGCCCCCUCGCUGGGAGGCUUCGUCACCUCGCACGUGGUCCCGCGCGCGGAGCUCUUCAAGGUCGGCCAGCUGAAGCCGGGGGAUAGGUUUCGAUUUGCCCCGAUACGCAUCGAGUCAGCCAUGGAGCUUCGGAAACGGCAGGCAGAGUUCAUCGGCGAGGUGUCUGCUGCCCUCGUGUCCGGCGGCGGCGGCGGCUCAGCGCUCGACGUCACCCCCCUGAACCUGACGGUGCCGUGCUGCGACGAGGCAACGCGCCAGUCAACCGCCAUCAUCGGCACGUACGAGGAGGCCACGAUCAGACAGGCCGGCGACUCGUACGUUUUGGUGGAGCUCCUCCAGUUGCUGCAGCUCGACGUCCGGUGCCGAGUCCAGGCCGUGACGGCGGCACUUGACCGAGCCGCGAUCAAGGGUGUGCGCCUCACCACACCCAUCGGAUGCAGCCUCCUGGUCGAGUACGACGGCUGCGCGAUCCCGCAGGCCGACCUCGUAGACGCCGUCAAGGCCGUGCUCGCCGCCGAGCUGGGUCCCGGCGCGGCGGCGGCGGCGUCGCGCAAGCUCGCGAGCCGCCACAUACGCCUGCCCAUGGUCUUUGACGACAAGGUCAACCGGGACGCCAUCGAGAGGUACAUGGCCACGCAGCGGCCGUACGCGACGUACCUGCCCGACCCGGUCGAGUUCAUCGCGCGGUCCAACGGGCUGGCCUCGAAGCGCGACAUCCUCGAUAAGCUGCUCGGCACGCGCAUCCUCGUCGUCGGCGUCGGCUUCUGGAGCGGCACACCCAUCGGCAUCCCGCUCGACCCGCGGGCGCGCCUCGUCGUGCCCAAGUUUAAUCCCUCGCGCACGUUUUCUCCCGCCGGCGGCCUCGGCAUCGGCGGGUGCUUCUUCUCGUGCGACCCCGUCGACGCCCCAGGCGGCUACGUCAACUUUGGGCGCACACUCCCCGGGUGGGACAAGUUCUGCGUCAACGGCGUCUUCGGCGACCGGCCCUGGCUGUUUGACAACUUUGACCAGCUGAGCUUCUACGCCGUCGACGAGGACGAGUUUGAGCGCAUCUACAGCCGCUUCCAGGCCGGCCGGUUUGACUUUGAGAUUGAGCCCGCCGAGUUCGACGUGGACGCGUACGCGCGCUUCUGCGAAAGCGUCUCCGAGGAGGCCGCGGAGUUUAGGGCCCGCCAGGAGGCGGCCACGGCGAGAGAGGUCGAGAGGGAAAAGGUGCUGUGGGCGCAGUGGCAGGAGGAGCAAAAGGUCGAGAAAGAUCCGUUGCCGUCGCUAGACGACAUAGAUGACUCUCUCAAGAUACAGUCCGGCAUGCAUGCCAGCAUCUACAAGAUGCAUGCCAAGAAAGCCGGCACAAUCAAAGAAGGCGACGUGCUGGUCGUACUUGAAGCCAUGAAGAUGGAGGUCAACGUCGUAGCAACCGAGGCGCAAGUCGGAUUGACCGUCGACAGCAUCGUAUGCGCACCGGGCGACCUCGUCAAGCCGGGCGACACCAUGAUUGUCCUGUCACGGGCGCAAAACGGGUCGGCAUAG